CUUAACUCGAUUACGCCCGGUUGCGUAAAUUUGGCCUUGGCACAUUUUCAACAAAACUUCUCUCAAGACUCAAGAUGCGUACUCUCAUGCUUCACGGUCACAGCACCAGCUCCUUUAUCUUCAAGGCGCAGUCAGGUCCUUUCCGAUCAAAGUUGGGCAAUUCGUUCCAAUGGGAGUUCAUCGAUGGCCCCUACAGCUGCCCGCCACCUCGCGGCCUGAAAAUGGUCAUGUGGAAGGCCUACAAGUGGAUGGAAAAGCCUGGCGUUGAGUCCAUCAAGAAGUCCGUCCAGUGGCUACAGAAUUACAUUGACAAGCACGGUCCUUUCGACUGCGUCUGCUGCUUCUCGAAAUCUUCUUCCAUCGUGGUAGCUCUAAUGCUCUACCAUGCUCGUGAAGUCGCCAACGGCUCCCAGAAGCCGCUUCCGUUCAAGUCGGCCGUUUUCAUCAACGGAAACCUCGAAUGCUCUGUUUUGGAGGAUCUUGGAUUACCUGUGACUCAGGAAGCGAAGGAGGUCCAGACGAAGGUGGAAGAUAUGGUCAAGUCCAAGGUCGACGCGAUGUCGAAUCUCGCUAGCAGUCUUGUUAAGCCGCAGGGGCUCUGGGAUGACACGAGCCAGCUUCUACACGACCCCGAUGAGCUACCGGAGCCGUCCGAUUGCUUCGGUUUGGACUUCACAUCGUUCCCUCCCGAUGCUUUCAUCAGUAUUCCAACCGUUCACAUGUACGGUGGCAAGGACCCCAUUUUCACCUCCAGCAUCCAGCUAGCUUACCUCUGCGAUCCUAACAAGAGAGUCAUGUACGACCACCAGGGUGGUCACGAUGUGCCGAGGACACCCGACGUGGUGGCUGAUAUGGCCUCUGCGUUCAGGAAAUUGGACCAACAGAUGAAGGCGACGGCUUGAAACUUAUGAGUUAUGUAAAGGAUAUGUUUUACAAUUUUAUUGGUGUGCUGGGACGAAUAGAAUAGGUAUGGAUAGAUCAUGUGUUAGAUAGUCAAUUUCAAGACUUGUCGGUUUUUUAUCAUUGGAAA